ACCAUUUGUCUUCAUGCCAAUCCUGGGCAUCUAAGCUAUAAAAAUUACAGCAAAGAAGGAUUAUGUUAUGUUAUGAAUGCAAUACAAAAUCUGGUGGCGGUCGUGGCGGCGCCGUGGCUAUAGAGACAAGGAGGACGAAGUUGGGUUUCAGACAUCAGACUGAUUUAAAUACAAAAUACUACAUUUCCGAGAUUCUCCAAAAACAAGGAGACAAUCUUUGCGCUUUCCCGCAGAACAAUGCGACAUGUCCCUCCAUUCACACUCCCCACAGCUCAUUCCCAUUUCCAUAAGGGAACCUAGGACCUAGAAGAAUGAUCGUAGGUUGCUCCAAUUUUCUUACCAAAACUCAUCUUUGGAAAACCUGACACAUGACUGUAUUUUGCUGGGUUCCAAUGUCCAAACUCGACUUAUCUACUUUGUAUCAAAUCUUUAACUUAUGGCCAUGCCAUGGAAAAUGUACAAAAAAGAAGGAAGGAAGGAAGGAAGGAAGGAAGCAUCAAGCAUGUGCAUGUGCAUCCACUAAUGGGAUUAGGGGGGAGGGUCCUUAUAUUUAUAGAGGAGGGUCUAAAUUCAGUGGAAGUGCUAUCCAAAUCUCCAAUCAAGCAAGAAAUGUUAACUUUAAAGGAAAAAGGGGAACUAGAAGCAUAUUGGUGAGAUUUGUCCUGAACAGGGAAGAACUCAAAUCAGGAUGCUAGUCUGGUGGCAAAAUCCUGGAUCUGAUUAUUCCCAUUCCUGUGCUUAAGACAAUGGAUCUGUUGUUCUUGUUGGAAUUUUUUUUUUUUUAUGUGUUUUUUUGUGAAUUUGUGAUAUCUAAAUAUUUGCCCAACUGGGCGGUGGUAUACCAUCCCUAUCUUUUUCGCUGUGUCUUUUCUGAAUUGCAGUCAGUAAGUUGUAAUUCUCGUCCACGUGACAUGAACAAAUUGUGCUUUUAAUU